AUGGGGUUCCUAGGCUCCAAGAGCUCCUUGUUGGCGUUCCACCUGGGCCUCAUCGCUGGCUUUGUCAGCACCUUCUACCUCAUGGGCAACCUGACGUGGGAAGGGCCCCCACGCCUUGGCUCCCAGCUGCCGCGUGGCUACAAGGACCCGGAGUGGAUUGUCGAUAGAUCAGCUCUCUUCAGCGUGGCACACCCGCACCAGGAAGGUAAGGGCUGGAGGGGUUGUUGUUUAGUCGUUUAGUCGUGUCUGACUCUUCGUGACCCCCUGGACCAGAGCAUGCCAGGCACUCCUGUCUUCCACUGCCUCCCGCAGUUUGGUCAAACUCAUGCGGGUAGCUUCGAGAACACCGUCCAACCAUCUCGUCCUCUGUUGUCCCCUUCUCCUUGCGCCCUCCAUCUUUCCCAACAUCAGGGUAUUUUCCAGGGAGUCUCCUCUUCUCAUGAGGUGGCCAAAGUAUUGGAGCCUCAGCUUCAGGAUCUGUCCUUCCAGUGAGCACUCAGGGCUGAUUUCCUUAAGAAUGGCUUCAGGAUUGUUCUCCUGUACUAUUUCAGGCACGUGGUUUAUAUACUUAUAUUUAUAUCCUUAUGUAUGUGUUUGCCUUGUACAUUUAUGAACACACACACACACACACACACACACACACACACACACGUGUGUAUAUGGCCUUAGAAUUCCUAUAACAAAAGGGUGGGAGGAAUCUCUGUUGGACUACCACUCCAUUGGUCUCCAGUCACUGGCCAUGUUGAAUGGGGUUGAUGGGAGCUGGGAAUGCAACAAUGUCAGGAAGGAUGCAGGUUCCUUAGCGGUGCAACAGAGAAAUCUAAAUAGGGGCCUUUAGGUAGGAGCAGUGCUUUUUUUCUAAACAAAAAUGUUUAGGGGUCCUCUCAUUUUGACUCAAGAAAAUCACCAUUUUAUAGUUCAAAUUGGGAAAAAUAAACACAGUAAAUGGACAAAAGUACAAAGAUUCACAAAACAUUUAAGGGUAUGCGUACCCCUGCAUACCCCCAGAAAAAAGCACUGGUUGGAAGUAUGUCUUCCACUCUGUUUGGGGUUACCUUUGAAAGUGACUCAGAAACUACAACUAAUUCAGAAUGCGGCUGCAUGGGAGUAGCCACCGGGACCAUAUAACACCGGUCUUGAGAGAUCUGCAUUGGCUCCCAGUACCUUUCUGAACAGAAUUCAACGUGUUGGUUCUGACCUUUAAAGCCCUAAAUGGCCUCGGUCCUGUAUACCUGAAGGAGUGUCUCCGCUCCCAUCGUUCAGCCUGGGCACUGAGGUCCAUCUUCGAGGGCCUCCUACCCAUGAUAACUGAGAUCAGGUGUCCCAGUUCAUCCCCUCCCCACUCCCCCGUGGAACCUGCCCCAGCCAUUCUGUUGGCUGGGGCUCACUCCCAGGGAGCCUGAUCUUCUUCCCUUCAGAACAGAAUGCAAACUAUACAAUAAACCAAUAAAACAGUAGAAACUAAUAAUAAUUAAAAAAAUGACAAUUAUACUAAAGUUAAACUAAUCCCCAGCCCCAACAGAGCAAAAACAAAACAAAAAACCAAAAUUUCAAAAGCCACAGAUUAAAAAACAUUUAAAAACAUUUAAAAGCAUUUUCAACAUUUGCCCCAACCCCAGAGUUUGUUCCAGUGAGUCUGGGCUCUUCAGGACUCACAGCAGGGCAAUGUCCCUCUGGUCUCCCAGGAGUCUAAAGCAGAGGAGGGCAAGUCUGGGCCCUGCUUCCCAGGCCAGGUAGAAAGGGCCUUGCAAGGAGUGGCCAAACAGACAGAUAAACAGGGAAGGUUCCUCUACUGUCUCCACUUUCAAUUAACAAUUUUGUGUUGGUAUAUGAAGCCCUGAUGUUUUGUGAGUGGGAAGUCUAUAAAUACUUUAAUAAAUAAACAAAGUGCGUGGUACAAGCCCUAUAACCGGAAGCGUCUAUUGUGGAAUAUGCUAACUCUGUGGCCUCCUCUUUCUCAGGUGAGGAGAGCAGCGUGGCUGACGAACUGUAUGACAAGGUGCGGAUCCUGUGCUGGGUGAUGACAGGCCCCAGUAACUUGGAGACGAAGGCUCGCCACGUCAAGGCCACCUGGUCGCGCCACUGCAACGUGGUCCUCUUCAUGAGCUCUGUGCAGGACGACAACUUCCCCACUGUCGGGCUGGGAACCAAGGAAGGCCGGGACCAGCUCUACUGGAAAACCAUCCGGGCUUUCCAGUACGUGCAUCAGCACCACUUGGAGCAGGCGGACUGGUUCCUCAAGGCCGACGACGACACCUUUGUGGUGGUGGACAACCUCCGGUGGCUGCUCUCCAACUACACCGCCGACAGGCCCAUCUACUUUGGCAAGCGCUUCCGGCCCUUUGCCAAGCAAGGCUACAUGAGCGGGGGAGCCGGCUACGUCCUCAGCAAAGAGGCCCUGCGGCGCUUUGUGGCUGGCUUUGAAUCCAAGGUGUGCAGCCACACGACUUCGGUGGAGGACCUUGCCCUGGGCCAGUGCAUGGAGAAGAUGGGCGUGGAGGCUGGGGACUCACGGGACACAGAGGGGAGAGAGACCUUCCAUCCUUUCGUGCCGGAAUCUCACCUGACGGAGAAGUUCUCGAAAAGCUUCUGGUACUGGAACUAUUGCUAUUACCCCAUUGUGGAGGUAGGUGGCUGUAUCCUGUUUUGGGAAGGGGCAGGGAAGGUGGAGUGGCUCUCCUGGGUUUUGGAAAGGAGAGAUGCUGGGGUUGAACGUGGGACCAAGCCCUGUGCUCUGGGGCAGUGUAUCAGGAAGAAAAUCAUCUUUCACAGCCCUGUCUCACAGUGCUGAACUGUCAGGAGCUGGAGUCAAGGAGUAGGUCAGCAAUCAGAGAAAAACACAGUGCUGUGCUGGCUAGGAAUGAAGAGAGUUGAAGUUAGACCUCCAAACAGGCAGCAGCUGCCUCUCAGCUUUAGUUUGUGUGCAUGGAUGAGAGUUUAUCUACCUGAAACAGCCUGAGCUCCUUAUUCAUGUUAGCUCUGAGGUUAAGUCCCGUCCAACUUCAAUGGGUUUUACCCCAAGUAAGUGUGUGUAUGGGGAUGCGGGUGGCGCUGUGGGUUAAACCACAGAGCCUAGGACUUGCCGAUCAGAAGGCUGCUGUUUCGAAUCCCCGUGACAGGGUGGGCUCCCGUUGCUCGGUCCCAGCUCCUGCCAACCUAGCAGUUCGAAAGCACGUCAAAGUGCAAGUAGAUAAAUAGGUACCACUCUGGCGGAAAGGUAAACGGCGUUUUCGUGCACUGCUCUGGUUCGCCAGAAGCAGCUUACUUAUGCUGGCCACAUGACCCGGAAGCUGUACGCUGGCUCCCUCGGCCAAUAAAGCGAGAUGAGAGCCACAACCCCAGAGUUGGCCACAACUGGAUCUAAUGGUCAGGGGUCCCUUUACCUUUUUAAGUGUGUGUAUGGCAAUAGGCCAAAGUGACCUAUAAUCAAGGCCCAGCCUGCUCCUUCACGCAUUGCAGCUGUCAGAGCUGAUAACGUUUUAAUAGGGCAAUAUUUGCUGCUCUCACCUACUCCCGGUAUUUAUUUAACCAGAACAACAAACAUCCUCUUUGCUACAUCAGUGCAGGACUUGCAUUCAAUCCUGGGGCCUGUUGUCCUUGGUGGGGCAUGGUAGUUCCUGGCAGGCAGCUGGCCUUACGUUUCCCGAAUCAGAAGUCUCCUCUGAUAAAUUCUGUGCAUGCCAUGGCUAGGAGAAGCACCUUCAACAAUAGGGACAGGGGUGAGACUUUGCUCUUUGGUUAGGGAGAGUGUCUUUGCCUUUCAUUGAUGAAAGAUUCUGGAGGUACGAUCCCAGAUUCAUGUGGUUUUCUAACAGAGGCAAGAGGUCUGUGUCCUCCAGCCAUUCCCAAAGCAUUUCCCUCCAGCUGUCGGUGAUGUGUGGAUUUUACCCAGUGAGUGGUGCUCACUUCUUCAGGAAACCUGGUUUCAUUCCUUUCCUGAGGCGUGUUUUUCCACCCUGAGCUUUCAGCAGUUGGAAGUUUCUCUGUGACGGCAGCAAUUUGUGGCACCCCUGUGGAUAAGGUGAUAGAGUUAAUAGCAUUAGGCACUUUGCCCUGCUUCAUGCAGGAGGAUGUAGCAAGGGAAGAAGCAAAGAGGCACCCCAUCCCACCUUUGGUUUUCCUUUUUUUAAUCUGAGUGGCAUAUAUACUGGGUACUAACAGGUACUUAGUCAGAAAAGGGGAAUGUUCGGAAUACGGAAGGUAAAGUUGCCCGAAAUAUGAGUGGCCUGAGAACUGAGAAGACCGAGGGGAUUAAGUAAUUAGGUUAACUUGUGUUUAGCUGUGAGAUGCAUGAAAGAGAGCCAACAGGAUUGCUCUGCUUCAGGGAGACUUUUUUGUCUAGUGUGAGUCUGGGCUGUUUGUUCUCUGGAAACUUCAUUUAUACCAGGCAGGCAGGGGCGGCACGGUCUUGCAAGAUCUCACUGGAAACCAGCACUGCUUCUUCACCAGUGGUGCUGGGGUAGGCAGGUUGCCCUCAGAGAUGCUACCCUAAGGCUUCUGCUGCCUGAGGUAGCUACCUCAGCCCACCUCAUGGCAGACAGGCCCCAAUACCAGGGAUAAGGAACUGGAUCUGACCAGUGGGUGGGGUCCUUAUCUCCAUGGCGCACUGUGGGCCAAGUUUUACAGGUGGGUGUGGCCAGUCACCUGACAUCAUUCUGUUUUUCUAGCCCAGGUUUCCUCAACCUUGGCCCUCCAGAUGUUUUUGAGACUACAAUUCCCAUCAUCCCUGACCACUGGUCCUGCUAGCUAGGGAUCAUGGGAGUUGUAGGCCAAAAACAUCUGGAGGGCCAAGGUUGAGGAAGCCUGUUCUAGCCUGUCUUUCACCAUCUUCCAUUUUUCAUAGACCAAAUGGAAGGGGCAUGAAGUGGCUGCUCUGCUGAAACUAAGCAGACCUAGGACUGGCCAAUAGCUGAAUGGGAGAACACCUGGAACCUUGAGCUCCAUCGUGGAAGAAAGUUGGGAGGACAUAAAUGCAACCCAGAUAUUGGUAGACUACAACUCUUGUGGCAGUUGCCUCCUAGGAUGGGUCAUAAGGAAAGGGUUAAAAUAGGUGUGAUGUGAUUGGCCAGUGAGAAUGCAAGGGGGGAAUAAAAGUUAGAGUGGGAGGUUUUGAAAGUCAGUUGAGGUUUGGGAGUUGAGGGUUGAGGUUUGGGAGUAGAAGAAGGAAGAGGGGGGUUUAGGUGUGGGUUGGUAGACUUGUAUUGUGAGAGAGUGAGAGGAAUUGUUAGGUGGAGUCAGAUAGAUAGUUGGAAUAAUCAGUUUGGAGUUGUUAGGAACUAAGAAUAAGAAACUGACAAGAGAAAAAUUAACUGAAACCAUAAGCUUGUUCCUGCAUUUUAAAAUAAACUUGCUUAUUUGUUUAUGUUAACAACUGACUGGACUCCGUGUGUCCCCGUGAGAUACGGGGUGGUGGCAGCGGAAAAAGCAAUCACAGUGGCGGCACAGGGUCAAUAGACCGUCAAACGUCCGGGGUCCCUGUGUGUGAUCGCCACAACUCCCAUCAUCCCCAGACAGCAUGGUCAGUGGUCAGGGAAGAUGAGAGUUGCAGUCUAACAGCAUCUGGAGGGCCACAGCUUCCCCAAUCCUGAUUUAAUAAAUGAAUUAAUUUUUUUUUAAUUCCCGAGUCCAUUGCCAAACACACCCAGAUUCUUUGGAGAGUUGCUGUCCGGUGCAGAAUACCUUCUGCAAAAUAAGCAAGUACCGUAUUUUUCGCUCUAUAGGACGCACUUUUCCCCCUCCUAAAAUUGAGGGGAAAUGUGUGUGCGUCCUAUGGAGCGAAUGCAGGCUCCUUGGCUUCAGCCAUAGCAACGCUAAGCCUCCGAAGGGCAGAGGGAGCACUCCCUCCGUGCUCCAAAGGCUUCGCAUUGCUUUCGCUGAAGCCUGGAGUGCGAGAGACGUCAGUGCGCACCGACCCCUCUCGCUCUCCAGGCUUCAGGGAUAGCCGUGCGCAGCCCCUCCAACAGGGAGAGGCUGCAUGUGGCUAUGGCUUCUUUAGCCCCGCGCAGCCUCUCCUGGGAAGAAGAGGUUGCGUGGGGCUAAAGAGGAAGCCAAAACAGCCAGCGGUAUCCAUCCUCCGGCAGGGAGAGGUUGCGCGCAGCCUGUACGCUGCUCUUAGGGGCUGGGGGGGAAAUAAGAUUUUUCCCCCUUGAUUUCCCCGCCCCCUAAAAACUAGGUGCGCCCUAUGGUCCGGUGCACCCUAUGGAGUGAAAAAUACGGUAUGUACUUAUUUAUUUGCAUAAUUAGUUCAGCUUGCUAAAUGUUGCAGAUUCACAACUUUUACUUCUUUCUUGAUUAUACAGAGUGCACACCCAGCCCUAUUCUCAUUGGAUCGUGCAGCUGGCAUGGCCGGGGGUCGUGGAUGAUGGAUUCAAAUUCCCAUUACCCCUGACGGUUGACCAUGUUGGCUAAGGGUGAUGGGAGCUGGAGCCCCACAAAAUCUAGAGGGCCUCAGCUUCUCCAUUCCUGACUUAGAGAAUGCCUGGCAUUUCUGAUAAGCAUGCAUUUCUGCAUGUGGGGUUCUUAUAAAGGAAUGAUUGGCACUGAGCUUUGCGUUGCCUGACCCUUUUAGGAGGCCGUUUACCAGUUCCACCCAACCCCCAACCUCAUGUUUCCUGAAGCUUAUUAUGCCCCUUUUCCUUAAUCCAACUAAGGCUGUUGCUUUAGUCAGUAAUGGGAUGAAGGUUUCCUGCGACAUACAUAGAUGGUAGGAGUGCACAGCAAACCAAAAGGCUAUGCUUGCUGAGAUGGAUGUAAGGGAAAGAGGAAGGAGCAGGCCAUUGGAACACUAGACCUGUCUCAGCAGAAGGACUCUUGUCUCCCCAUGUCCUCGACCACACCUGACCUGCAAACCAGCCUGUGUGCUCGACCAACACGUGGGAUGAACUUGGAGUCCUGAUUCAGCACAGGGGGAUUAGCCCUUUACCCAUUGUGUAAUCGGUCCUCGGAUAACAAAACUGCAGCUUAGAAUCAAGGAUGCGUAGUUUGAUCGCAAAACCGGAUUCUUGAUCAACGUGCAGGUUGUUCCAGAGUUAUUGCAGGGAGGAUGAACUGGGCAAGCAGCAAUCAGAUUGGCAGCUUUGUUACAUCUGUGGCUGUGUCACAAACCAAUAUUGUAGGCUGCCCUGAUGGAUAGGUAAGCAGGCAGGGUCCUCCAUUGCACCACAAGUUUUCCGGUGAGAGCAUCCUCAGAUUUGUCUGCAGCUUCUGCCGUUCUCUGUGGUUGUCACUUCUGCUUCUUGUGGCAUAUGGAAAGAAAAGGGAUGUGGGUGGCGCUGUGGUCUAAACCACUGAGCCUCUUGGACUUGGGGAUCAGAAGGUCGGCGGUUUCAAUCCCCACAACGGGGUGAGCUCACGUUGCUCUGCCCCAGCUUCUACCAACCUAGCAGUUUGAAAGCACGCCAGUGCAAGUAGAUAAAUAGGUACCGCUGUGGCUGGAAGGUAAAUGGCAUUUUUGUGUGCUCUGGCUUCCGUCACAAUGUUCUCUUGUGGUUUAGUCCUGCUAGCCCCAUGACCUGGAAAGCUGCCUGUGGACAAAUGCUGGCUACCUCAGCCUGAAAGCAAGAUGAGCGCCGCAACCCCAUAGUCGCCUUUGACAGGACUUAACCAUCCAGGGGUCCUUUAAAGGUAAAGGGACCCCUGACUGUUAGGUCCAGUCAUGACCGACUCUGGGGUUGCGGCACUCAUCUCGCUUUAUUGGCCGAGGGAGCCGGCAUACAGCUUCCGGGUCAUGUGGCCAGCAUGACUAAGCCGCUUCCGGCGAACCAGAGCAGCGCACAGAAACGCCGUUUACCUUCCCGCCGGAGCGGUACCUACAGUGGUGCCUCGCAAGACGAAAAUAAUCCGUUCCGCGAGUCUCUUCGUCUAGCGGUUUUUUUGUCUUGCGAAGCAACCCUAUUAGCGGAUUAGCGCUAUUAGCGGUUUAGCGGCUAUUAAAGGCUUAGCGGAUUAGCGGCUAAAAGGCGCUUAGCGGCUUAGAAAAAGGGGGGGGAGCAAAAAAAAUCACAAGACUCGCAAGACUUUUUCGUUUUGCGAAGCAAGCCCAUAGGGAAAUUCGUCUUGCGAAGCGCAUCAAAAAACGGAAAACCCUUUCGUCUAGCGGGUUUUUCGUCUUGCGAGGCAUUCGUCUUGCGGGGCACCACUGUAUUUAUCUACUUGCACUUUAACGUUCUUUCGAACUGCUAGGUGGGCAGGAGCAGGGACCGAGCAACGGGAGCUCACCCAGUCACAGGGAUUCGAACCGCCGACCUUCUGAUCGGCAAGUCCUAGGUUCUGUGGUUUAACCCACAGCGCCACCCGCAUCCCUUUUCCAGGGGUCCUUUACCUUUGCCUUUAUGGGAAAAGGACAGCUGUUCAGCUAGUGAAGCAAUAGUGAAGGGGGUGGCUUUCCUCGCAUGCUUCGUGGUCCACAGUUAACCCUGGUUUUCCUUUGCUCCUCCUAGGGUCCCCAGUGUUGCUCCGACUUGGCCGUCUCCUUUCACUACGUGAGCUCAGAGUUGAUGUACACCUUGGAAUACCUGUGCUACCACCUUCGUGCUUACGGCUACAGGUAUCGCUACCACCCGCCUUUGCCUGAGAAUGCUGCUCAUCUCCAGCCCCGCCCUCGGGGGGAAGCCCCAGAGAGGACCAAUAGUACUACACUGCAGACCGAGAAGAAGGUGUAGGGGCGGAUCCUUGGCACGUGACCCUUGAGCAGAGCGGCCCGGCCCAGCCAUCCUUGGACAAGACCAGUGCCCCUGUUAUGGGGCCAUCUACGCAGGAAAAAGCAACAAGAGCUGAGCAGGCCACAAGCCGAGAGAUUUCUUUUAAUUCCUAAAGGUGUGUGUGCACGCCUACUUGCCACACAAGGGGUCUUGCACAUGGCAGAGGAGCCAUUCUUACUUGUGUGCUGAGAAGCAAAUGCCUGGCCUACUAUGGCCCCGCUUGGCCUAUCCUAUUCUCGCUCGUUUUCCUACUGCAAACUGGAGAGGCCCAAGCCUUCCAUGUGCUGUGAAGCGGUUUAAUGCUUAGUAAGUGCUCUUGAUGCACUGGGGUGGGGAGACUGGUCCCUGGGUGGUGGGGAAGAGGAGGGGAUAGAGGGGCUCUUAUGGGACCCGGAAGGGAGAGCCGAACUCACAAGGGGUGUGUGUGUGUGCCUGCUGCCACCACAAGAAUGAUGCACAACUGCAUGGCCAUAGACUGAGCAAGGAGAGCACCACAGAGUAGGGCUAGGGCUUUACCACUUGAGAAAGAAUAGUAAGGGUCGUGGCUGGUCAGUGGUUGGUGCCAUUGUGGUAAGAGGGACCCAGCACUACAAGAGGGGGACACGCGGUCUGUUUGCACCCUUGCAAGCUGUGUUUGGGGUCUCACAGUUGAUAUUAUAGGAUGAAGUGCUUGUAUCUCCUGUGCCUGCAAUUUCCCCCAUUAUUAGGUUUCUUGAUACCAGAGCCUAAUAAUUAGGCCAUCUGCCUUUAAUGUCAACACGUUCCAAGUCGGGGUUCUUCACCCUUGGGUCCCCAGAUGUUGUUGGACCACGAGUCCCAUCAGUCCCAGCCAACAUAGCCUUGUUGUUUAAGGGAAAGAGAAGGAGAGAAUAGGAAGAACAGAGAGCUGGCAGGUAAGCAAUUAAAAUGGUAGGGGAAUGUUUUUGGGUUUUUUAAAGUGGCAGUUUGUGGCUUAAGGCAGGUCCCAAAUCCGGAAAGGCUAAAGACCUGUGAGCCUGCAGUUGUUUCUCAACUGCACCUCCCGUCAUCCUUGACCAUUGGCCAUGCUGGCUGGUGCAGAUGGGAGUUGUGGUUCUGCAACAUCUGGAACGCAACAGCUUCACCACUCCUUGUAUGAGACACCCUAACUGUGCAUGGUCCUCAACAUUCACAUGAAUAAAGAUGCUGUUGUAUUAUGGCCAUUUUGCAGUCAAAAAGUGAUGUUUUGUGUCAGAACCAAUAGGUUUGGGGCAGGGCUUGCCCGCCCAUGAGUUGGACUGAGGCAGUUGUAUCAGGUGGGAAAAUCUUGGCAGGACUGUCCACUGCUGCCACUGCCAGAGAAGCAAGGAGAUGUGGCCUCAGCUUCUGAGUUCUGGUGAGAUCUUGUGGACUUCUCACGAGAUCUUGCCAGAAGCAGCCGCUCAACCUCAGUAAACGAGACUUCGGUGGAGGGACAGCAGCUGUGAGGUGGGUGGCACCUUCCUAUUUUGCCUCUGUGUGGGUUGGUGGGUGAAACAGGACAGGACAGCCCUAGUUUGCAGGCAGAAGAACAAGCAAAAGUCAGGCAGUGUGAGAAAGCCUGAAAGCGUUAUUGCUCCUUGCUGUGUCACUGGAUUUGAACGUUCUUGUGUUUUUUGCCUGGUGGGUUAGUCUCUUAAUCAUUUGAUGGUCCCAAGUGCCCCCUGGUGGCUAUUACAUGCCAUUUUAUAGUUACGGUAAGACUUUUUACCGAACCAAUCUACCGUAUUUUUCGCUCUAUAAGAUGCACCAGACCACAAGACGCACCUAAUUUUUGGAGGAGGAAAACAAGAAAAAAAAAUAUUCUGAAUCUCAGAAGCCAGAACAGCAAGAGGGAUCGCUGUGCAAUGAAAGCAGCAAUCCCUCUUGCUGUUCUGGCUUCUGGAAUAGCUGCGCAGCCUGCAUUUGCUCCAUAAGACGCACACACAUUUCCCCUUACUUUUUAGGAGGGAAAAAGUGAGUCUUAAUAGAGCAAAAAAUACGGUAAUUUGUUGAAGAUGUAGGCAGACCUUUGAAUUGUUCCAAUCCAUCUUUGCCAGAUGGAAUGGAAAGGCAGAUGCAUUUUCAGCUUAUGAGGAGAGGAAAGAGAGGCCCAAUUUAAUAACCGAAAGUACAGAUCUUGUUUUGAUCAAGAGUUAAAGCCAAAGCACUUGUGCAGUUCACAACGAUCUGCCUCCAUAAAACAGCAUAGCUGGGUGAAAGAAACAGCUAAGCAUCCUUUUUGUGGUCUGUUGCAAAAGCUUGGAGUAGAGGUAGCUUGCAGAUGUUGUUUGCCUGUAUCUCAGAUCAUCCCCAGCCAUCAUGGCCAGUGGUCAAGGAUAAUGGGACUUCCAGCAUCUGGAAGGCAGCAUGUUGGGGAUUCGAUGGUGACCAAAUCCUGAACCUUAAGGGGUGAGCAGUUGCCAAGACAUACUGUGCUCACUUGCUGAUAAGAGUUUUGCUGGCUUGUAUGUUGACUAUCUGACUGUCCUCCUUCCAGACGUUUUGUUUUGCUUGCUUUUUUGUCCAGAAGAGGGCAACAAAGAUGAGGAGCAUGGCAGGAGACCAAUUCCAUGGUGGAAAGAUUGAAGGAGCUGGUUGUGGUUUAAUCUGGGGAUAGAAUGGUUAAGAGUCACAGCCAUCUUCACAUAUUUGAUGGGCUGUUGCAUGGAGUCUGUCAAUGGCAUGAAUGAUUCUGUUGCUCCAGAGGCUAUUACCCAAACCAUCGGGUUGGUAUUACAAGGACACAGGCUAAAAAUUAGGUCUUUCCCAACCGUCUGAGCUGUAAAAACAGAUGGCUUCCUGAAAAAGACAACUGAGAAGGAUUUAUGCUCUGAGUCUUAGUUUGACCUUCUGGGAAACCUCCGCUAACACUAGCUUGGAAUUAGCACUGCCUGUGAGCCUCAUGCUUUGCUCCCAUACCUGCACAUUUCCCAAGAAUCUUACGAAAUCAUAAGCCAACAAGAUCUUCUCUUUCAAAUGAACAAGUUGGUGGACUCUCCUUCAUUAGGGCUCUUCUCUUCCCCCCCCUUUCCCUUUUGUCAUUUCAUAGUACUGUUGGGUUCAGUCUAGAGAAGAGUAAGUUGAAAUGUAUGGCAGUAUUUCAGAUAGUCCUCCUGACUGUCUUUUUAAAAAGAAAUUAGAAGGAGCUGCCAGUUACCUAUUCAUACUGCUGGUGCACAUCGAGUCUGACUGAUGAGUUCUCCAGUAUCACAGUCAAAGGCCCUUAGAUGCUUUUAAAGCAGAGUUGCCAGGGACCCGAAAUGUGCUUUCUCUGGACUGCCCAUUUAUCCUGUUGCCAUCCAUGGUACCCUUUGCCAUUCACUUCAGUUGAGGGAUUGUUCCACAAUCAUGUACUUCUCCUUGUGCCUGCACACCUGUUACUGCCAUUGAAGUGAAUGGUGACUUAUUCAUAUGCAGUUGUGUAACCAGAGCGUACACAGUGUCCUAAACUGGAAUGUUCUCUUAUUCCAUAAAUUAUAAUGAUAUUUUUUAGAAGAAAGACUUUGGGAGCUACGAAAUGGUAAUAACUGGCAGAAUGCUUCCUGUUGCCAAUUUCGUUGUUUUUCUUCGUAAAUGAAUGUUUAGAUAUUUACUGAAAAUAACUUUGUUAAAAUCUUUGGAUCUGGGGGAGGUAGGUAGUUUUCACAAGAGACAUGUUCGAAGUUUUUCAUUCGGUUUACAAAUAAACCAAGUUGCAAGGACAGUUAAUUCUGUGAUUCUGCUGAUCUCUGAAGGAAAUUGCUUAGCCAAGGUUGAAGACUGAGUUUUCAAAAACAGGUCGUGGGAGAAUGCAUUGUUUAAAGUUGAAAACCACAAAGGUUUUAAAAAUUUUCUUUCAGAAAACUUGCACCAUCACUCGGAAGCCUUAUGCCAUUGCUCACUGUAGACUCAUGAUGGAGAGUCUGUGGCCUUUUGCCUAUUUUAGUCUCAAACUCCCAUCAGUUCUUGCCAGCAUAACCAAUGGUCAGAGAUUAGUGUUAUAGUCUCUGCAGGGGUGGGCUCAGUUGUUCACCACCCAGAGUAUAUACAAUACUUGGCUACCUCAGUAUAAGGCAGCUUUUUAUCUACAUAUGUGCCCUCUUGAAGGAAAAGCCCACCUUUUCCUGGUUAUCUUGAAAUAUUGUGGCCUUUGAUGUUACUGGUUUUCUUGUAAGCUGCUUUGAUCUUAGGCAAAGGAAAAGCUGUGUAUUAGGCUCAUGCAUAGUUACUUGCCUGGUUGGUUGCGACAAGUAAAAAAAUCAUUUCUGGGUGACCAAGCAAGAAACUUUUAGAAAAGAUGGCUUGGUGUUUUCGGUUUCAAUUUAAGUUAAUAAUGCUUUCUAACAUAGUUUUGUGUGGCUACAGAGCUUUUUUCCUGACCAUGAGGUUGCAGGGCAGGUUAUAAAAACUUUUAAAAAAAUACAAUCUUGGAAUGAAUUAAAACAAAUCAGUGAACAAAAUGUGGCGGUCAACCUUGGGGAUUUACAACUCAAAACUUGCAAGCCUGCUAGGGUUGUAGUCAACCUAGUAGCUCUCUAUGCAAAGGGACCUGCUUCUGCACAAAAGGAUUCCCCCUCCCUUCCUCCUGUGCACCCCAUAAAUCUCUUCUUGGGAUUCAGCCAACCAUCUGGGGAAGAUGAGUGAUGGCAGAGGAGACAACGGAGUGGUGGCAGUGGGGAGAAAGACCAAUUGCACAAAAGGAAGUAGUUCCAGUCGUGCAGUUAACUUACUCUGUCCCAAUGAAUAUUUGCUGCCCUGGGCUCCUUCAAGAAGAAGGGUGGAAAAUUAGCCGAGUUAAUAAUAAUGUACUGCACUGCUGUCCUACACAUCUGCUAGGAAGUAAGCCCGUUUUUAAUUCAAUAGGCCUUACUCCUAAGUAAGCACAUAUACUAGGAUUGCAGCCUUAAAUGAAGUUAGGGCACAAUCCAUUCAAAGUAAAGGACUUGUAUGUAUGAAGGAUAUUUUGUGUCUGAACUUAAAUAUCUCUCACUGAAAUCAACAGAAGUUAGAAGUGCUUCAAUUGGGCUUCUGCUUAAAUCUUUAAAUGUGCAGAAAUGAAUAUUACCGUUGACAGAGUGAAGGAAAGCUGCCGCCAAUGUUACUGUGCUCUUACCUCUUUGUAAGGUAAGAAGAAUUAUCUUGAUUCAAAAACACAAAGACUAAAAUCCCCCCAUUUUAAAAGAAAUUCUGGUGUCUUUUCUGCUUUUCUUGGAAAUGUUUCCCCAGGGAAGAUAAACGUUGUUUAAUAAAGAUUACCUCUUAGGGUGAAAAUUAAUACACACGGAACAACUUCAACAAAGAUGUCUUUAUUUGGAAUAGGAAAAGCAUUCUACCUUGAGUGCAAGGGUGGGGGGAGCAGAAAUUAAAGAAAGCAACUGGUAUUGAUGGUGAUGGGGGUGAUCAGGAUAGAAUAUGGGGUGUGUGAUGUCUUGGGCCUAACUGUGUUUCAGCCAUUUUACACUCCUUAGUUUUUAAAGGAGAACAACAACCUGCUCUUGUUUUUACCUUGCACUUCAGAAACUCUCUCCUUCUUUCUCUUGAUUUACUAACUCUGAAAGUAGACAUAUCGAAGCAGAAGAGGUGGUGA